CUCCGAUGAGAGCCCUCCACCGUAGCAUAUCCUCUAGCCACACCGCUCUCUGGUCCUUUUUCUCCUCCAACCAGCGGAACCCACUGCCACAACCGUGGGGCUACGAGCAGCGCCAGAUCGCGGGGGUGCGGGUGAGCGGGCCGCGGUGGUGGUGCUAGGCGUCAAGCGCCGGAGAUGGAAGCUGCGACCAAGGGCUGCCGGCAACUAGUGUUUUUUGCUGCAAGCUGCGACGUGCAGACGACUGUGGGUGAAGCUCGCCAGCGAGUGCUACAAACACAUCGGCUAAAUGUUGGAAUCAGCGCAAUUUUCUGCUUCCACAGAUGAUUUAGUUUACUGGAACCAGAUCCAAAUUUCCAUUGUUUGCGACGCAAAAGGGACAGGUCUCCUCCUUCCCCACGGCCAAGUCCAAGGCUCCAAAUACAAAAUGGGCUCCAGGCCUUCUCCCAAACCCUAAACCUCGCAAAACCCUCCGCCCUACCCGCUCCCCGCUCCCUCGCCGCACACCACCGCCGAAGCGGAGCGCGGAGAGACCCACCCCACGGCGAUGUCGACGGCGGCGGCUACGGUGUUCCGCGGGUGCCGGGCCCUCAUGUCCUCGUCGGCGGCGGCAAAGGGGGGCAAGAAGACCGCAUCAGCGGCGGCGGCGGCGGCAAAGGGGGCCAAGAAGCCCGCGUCAGCGGCCGCGAAACCCAAGGCGGCCAAGAAGCCGGUGGAUCCGAACAAUCUCCGCGGGAUCAUGAGGCCGGUGCCGGUCUCGGAUGCCCUGCGCAAGUUCGGCGGCGCCGCUCACAUCUCCCGCUCCGGCGUCCUCAAGAUCGUCUGGGACUACAUCAAGGCCAACGACCUCCAGAACCCACUGAACAAGAGGGAGAUCAUCUGCGACGAGAAGCUCAAAACCAUCUUCCCUGGGAGGGACACGGUUCAUAUGAUGGAGGUCACCAAGCUCUUGUCCCCUCAUUUCGUGAAGACUAUCUAAGGCUGUCGAGUGGGGGGCCAACGCUGGUGCUUUCUGCCCAGGGCUAGCGUUGGAAUGGAAGGCUUCUUUUUCGAUCCCUGUCCAAGUCAAGGUUCUUCUAGGUAGUUAAGUUAAUAUGGAGUUCAGACUUCAGACUUUGGUCGCCAUUUAAGGGUUGGGGGCUCGGUGAUGCAUGUAAGAAGGAUUCCCUGUGUUUUGUGGUUCGUAGCUCCUGCCAUCCUGAGAGGGCACCCACAUGCACAUGCACGUUGAUGUGGCUCGGUGUUUUUAGUCUGUUAAUUCCACUUUGCCCUUGUUGUGUAUAUCAUGCUGGUCUCUUGGUUGCAGUGGAUUGUGAAUUUGUGAUAAGCUGAUUGUGGUCAAA